CCUUUUCUGGUUUAUACCAUCUUACCAAGCAAAUUAUACCGAGGUUACAUUUACGUGUAGCUUAAGAAACAGACAAUUUAAAGCGCACUAAAUGUUCGCAUGAGUUAUACUUGCAUUUAUAAGAAAUAUAACUUCUUUUUUCCCAGGGAAUGUUAAAAAUGGAUUAGCGUACUUCCUUGUAGCUGUAAAUUGGGCUUUAUUUUGCCCAUUUUUGCCCUGCCCCCUCUGCUGAUUUAGCCCUGUUAUCAUUUUUUCUGUUUCGUUUUUAAACACCGGAGCUCUCAUCGAGCCUUUAUCUGCACUGGACCCAAUCUACAGAGAAUUUUCAUCAAAACUGAGGCAAAUUUAAUCUACCUAUUGGUACGUCUGCCCUCAAUACCAUAUGCAAAUUUGUUUCUUCUCUCGUAGAAGUUAUCUUAACGUAUCGGAAAUUAUCUCAGCUUCUUUCUCUUCUUCUGCUCUAGUUGUUCCUUCAAUAACAGACCCUACCACUCCAGUUUAUUUUCCCUCGAUUUUCCUUCUUCCACGUGAUCUAAUUCUCAUUCACAUCACCACUUUUCCCCUCUUGGUCGAUGUAAAAACUGGUGCAGUUUGAACUGCAGGACAUUUGCAUUGCAAGCAGGAAGUGACGUUUUUAUUGCUUGUUCUCUCUUUUUGACUACCUGGCGAAUGCUUAUAACAUGACAGACAACAAUCAGAGUCAAAGUGGACAGACGCCUAGAGACAAAAAACCCCUGAAGUUUGCUGCUUUAUUACAUCAGAAGAAAACUCACCGCGACAAAAAGUAAACCCUAAUUGUGGUCAGCUUAUCAAUUCUAACGGAGUUUCCGGCCCUGAUCAAAUAACUGAAGAAAGUAACGGCAGAAAUACUUGAAGAAUUCCACUUCGAUAAUUUCAUUCUGUUAUUUUUCAUUAUCUUCCGAUGUUAAUACCCUCGAUAUCGCCUUGCACAAAUAUUUGCUCCGAGGAUUUUGAAAUCCUUGGAAGAGGCUCUUAAAAGAUUAAUCAGUUUGCUUAGCCCGAAAGCCAAGACGUUGGCUGUGAAAUCAUUUCAACUGGUACAAUGUAACAUUAUCGAUGGUACGUCUAAUAAGUCAAGCUGCCAGCAUCCAAAUCUACAAAACAAGUGUAUCUUCACUUGUAUUACCUGUACUAUUUUUGUUUAGAUAGAUUGUAUUGAUUAAACUUGACUUUGUUUGCUUCAAUUUUGAAGCCUUUUUGCUUUAAAAUUAUACUAAGUGCAUUUUUUUCUCCGCCGGUUUUCUUUUGUAGUUGUGACUGUAACUCCUAGAAAGCUUGAAUAAUUUAUAGAAAGUUUCAAAUUUGCAUUUAGCCCUUUUUGUUUACUUGUUGUGAUAAAGCAGAAAAAAAAUUCACGAAAAAAAAACAGGUUUAUGCAUAAUUAAAGGAGUCAAAGAUAUAGUUCCGCGUUGGCGUUUAAGUGCUCUCGAGUUUAAGCUGCGCGGUGUGUUAUUUUUGUUCAGCCACGGAAAUUGAUUCUGCCUUUCAAAAUGAAUAUUGCGUGAAACCAUCUGGCUUUUCAUUUCCGCGAGAAAUCGUACGUCAACUUAGCUCUUCAAAACCAUCUUUGAACAUCUCUACAAGUUUAUCUAGCGAAACCCAAGUUAAAGUUACCAACUGUUACCAUCAUCACUCUAUACUUUCACUAAGCUAAACAUAGUUGAACAUCAUUUUAAGUAACUCGUCUUUUGAAAAAAUUGUAUUGAAUAUUGAGUUAAUAGGAAAGUUUAUUUAAUAAACUACAACCACCCCAAAGUUUUAUCGAAAAAUUUCCGCCCUUGAUUGUAUUUGAUCGGAAACUAGCAUGUCGUUUUUAUUUUGAACUGUUACAACAAACGUUAUUUGAAGAGCUUUCUUGACUCGAGAGGCUAAAGCGAGAAGUUGGCAAACUUCAAUCAAGUUUCAUCUUUGCUUUUCUUACCUUUGGAAUUUCGAAACUCCUCUAAGCCAGGGUUCAAAUUAAUAAAACAAUUGAAAGUGGUCAAUCAACUAAUCCUUGGAUAUCCUAUCGAUUUCGAAAGACCCAUCAAACAGCGACCUUUCACAUUGGACCAAGUUUACUUAAGAAGGUCCUUGACUCGUGGCGUGGCAAUUUGAAUAGCGAAUAAUUAACUCCAACUAACUCGAAAGUUUAAGCUGUUGGCAUACGAUUGACAGGGUUAAAAAGAUUGACAGAAAUUUUGCGUCUUCUAGAAGAAACUUGAGUUGACUUUGAUAAUUUGAGCAAAGAAAAGUCCUCGGCUCCGCAGCAGAAUCAGAUCAUAUCUAAAUUACUAACAGAUAAUUCGAAGAAACACUGAAUCCUCUGCAAAGCUCUCAACUUGGUGUAGUAUAAAUUAACGAACAAACUACCUAAUCAUCUAAUUCCAGGGAAACAGGGUAACAAAAUGGCGCUGUUUCGGGACUAUUACCGAGAACGUCAUCAGCUGAUUCCGCCAACGGGUGCUCUGGCGCGACUCUUGACGAAGAUACUCCUCUACAUCUUUCUCGCAGCUUCGGCCUUCUUCUUGUUACCCGCGGAUCACCAAGAGGUUGUGCAACCCGGAGGCACGCUGUUCUCCGUAUUCCUUCUUUACAUGUUCUCGGAAAUAUUCGGAGUUCUUACGAAACAGCUUUUGUUUCUACCAUCACUCGUCGGAAUGAUCUGUGCCGGAAUAUUUGUCAGCAAUGUGCCACUGUUUCAAUAUCACGUGCAACAUCACGUGUCGUCCAGUCUCAGAAGCAUCGCGUUCAUAGCACUUUUGGUGCGAGCGGGACUCGAACUCGAUACAGCAUCACUUUUGAAGAUGAAACGCGUAUGUCUCCUGCUGUCUUUUGUCCCGGGAGUCUGCGCUGAGUCACCAGUUGUAGCGGUGACGUGUCACUUACUCCUCGGACUUCCCUGGGGCUGGGCGUUCAUGAUUGGGUUCAUAAUGGCUGCCGUUAGUCCUGCUAUUGUAGUUGCAUGUAUUUUGAAACUGCAAGCUAAAGGAUAUGGAACCGAAAAAGGGAUCCCGACAUUGGUCAUCGCUUCGUCUUCAGUUGACGACAUAGUAGCAAUUUGUUGCUUCUCCGUGGCCAUGACGAUAACUUUCGCUUCUGGAAGUGUGGCCUGGGUCAUAAGUAAAGCACCCAUUGAGUUCAUAGCCGGAGCAACCCCAGGUGCCAUUUUGGGGGUUCUAUUCUGGUUCUUGCCCUCAGCUGGAGACGCACACAAAGUAUAUCUCAGGUACAGCCUCCUGUUUUUGGCCAGCAUCACGGCCUUCUUCGGAGCAGAGCACUUAGAUGCUCACGGGGCAGGGGCAUUGUUUGUCAUCACUGUGGGCUUCGUGGCCUCCAGGAAGUGGAACCAGAUGACUAAUCCAAACGCCACCACAUCUUCAUCCACUCUCACCACAGCCAAACACACUCCACUACCUGUCACAGACACAGACCACAACGAAACAGUAUCACCUGAGCAUGAAAUCAGUUCAACUCUGGAUACCUCUUGCAACCACGAUGUCGAGGAUGUCGAGAAGGCAUUUGCCAUCAGCUGGAGGUACCUUGCUCCCCUCCUCUUUGGCCUCAUCGGGUCGGAAUUGAAAAUCAGUGACCUUGACUUCAGCGUGAUCGGAUUAGCUCUGGUAAUUGUAACAUUGGGCGUUCUGGCUCGUUUGGCUGCAGCAUACGUAUGUUGUAUUGGAGUUGGACUGAAUUGGAAAGAGAAGCUUUUUGUCUCAAUUUCAAGUAUUCCUAAAGCAACAGUGCAAGCAGCUAUUGGAAGUGUGCCUCUUGAUUACGUAAGAACUCUUCCAGUCGAAGACAAAGGUGAAUUGUUCGAAGAGUGGGCGCGAAAGAUUCUGGCAGUGGCUGUUGUUUCGGUGAUUCUGACCGCACCUUUGGGAGCUGUUUUGACCAAAGUCUCCGGAACAUACUUGCUGGAACAAAAUGGGAAAGGAGAUAAUAGUAAAAAUGAGAGCUCAGUUGACGAAAAAAAUAAAGACGACGAGAAAGAUGUCGGCGUUUCCACGAACGGAGUUAAAACUAAGAAGGAAAAGGAGCCGAACUUGCAUGAAGAAAGGGGACAAAAAAUCAUGGAUAAAUUUUCAGAAGAGGAUCACGUGGAAGUUUGAGCAUUUUUUGCACAAUUUACGCACAUAAACCUGCUGAUAAUUACUCUAUCAUCUUUUAAUGACCAUUUCAAAACAGAAACUGAAUAGCAGAAUAUGAAAUCUUGAUUUAAACUUGAAAUAUGAAUUGUUCAAAUUCUAGUUUACUUAAAGGCAUUUUAAAUGUCGCCUUUUCAGGAGGAGUUCUUUUUAUAAUAUUUACAAUUAUUAUUGACUAUUUUAAAAAUUAUAUUUUUGCUAAAGGGGCUAUUAAUUAAUAUAAUAACUUAAAUUGUCUUCAAUUGUAUCUGAUUUAAAAUGAGUAGCUCUGUAUAUUUUCAGUAAUUUGUAUUUACUA